UCAUGUGCUUUUUACCCCCCAAAUAAAAAAGAAAAAGACACCACCUGCACAAAUACAGUACUCCAACAUUGAUCAUACACACAUAAUAAAACAUAUUUGAUCGAUCAAGCUGAACCACCAAGCACGAGCAAAACGAGCAAAGCAAAGCCAUAAAAAAAGAAGAAGCAAGAAAGUGUCUGAAAAAGCUCGAUCAUCGCCUAGUCCACAACCCUUUCCCAAAAAGCACACACAAUUCAACCUUAAAAUAUAUAUUAAUGGAAGAAGAUGAAGACAUGCAUCCACCAUUUUGGCUACAAACCACCGACAAUCCUCGCAGUCGCCACCGCCCAUCGUCUCGCUUCCUCAACUCCGGUCUUCUUCUCCUACUUUUGUUAGUCAUUGCCCUUUUCUUUUUCUUCGUAGUAAUCCCUUCGUUUCUGUCUUCCACCUCGCAAAUAUUUAGACCACAUUUAGUGAAGAAAAGAUGGGACUCCCUCAAUCUAUUUCUCGUUCUUUUCGCCAUUGCUUGCGGAUUCCUCAGCAGAAACACAAACAACUACAGCAACAACGAAUCGAGCUCCUACGAAGAUCCAAGCAUUCUAAACGCAUUGCUAGAGGCUAACAAGUCGAAUCCAUCAACCCCACAUAGAUGGUACGAAUUAUAUGCAGAUCGGAGUACGGCUGGUCAUAACGAUAAUCACCCGAUGAUCAAUAGGUUAAGGAGCAGCAGUUCGUACCCUGAUCUACGUCAAGAGUCUGCGUGGGUAACCGUAGAUGAACGGGGGCGAUUCUACGAUGAUGCCCAAGUCAGUAGUCAUCGGUUUCCGGGCUCGGAUCAAGUGCAUUACGGCCAUUCUCGGCCAGAGCCUCAAGCAGAAGAAGAGGAAGAAGAAAACUCGAAGACGAAGACUAUAGAUCAGGUGGACACUUUUGUAGUCUAUACAGAGCAAUUUUCGUCAAACUCACAUCCGCCACCGCUACCUCGGGAUCCUAGGCCUCCGUCCCCACCUCAAACAGCGCCACCCAAGUUAGUUAAGCGCAGAGCAAAGAGAACAUCAUAUCAAGCUCUUGGUGAAUACCACCAUGAAAAAAUUGAAAACCUGGGAAAAAAUGAUUCAGAGGAAGCCAAGAAUCUUCAAACCCUACAGUCACCACCACCGCCGCCAUUGUUUCAACAUACGGAAGAAGCGAGCACUGGAGGCAAGAAUGAGAAGAAGAGGUCUUCAGAAGGCUCUUCUGGCGCCAAAGAUUUCUUGAGCUCGAUGAGGAGGAGGAAGAAGAAACAAAGACAGAAGAGUUUCGAAAAUUUCGACACCAUACUAGAGCCCCAACCUACUUCCUAUCUUCCUUUAUACCCACCACCAUCGCCCCCUCCAUCUCUGCCGUCCCCUCCGCCUCCUUCGUCUGUGUUUCACAUUCUGUUCUCUACCAAAAAGGGAAAGACCAAACAAGUUAAAUCAGAUGCAUCACCGGCCCCGCCUCCGCUGCCACCAGCACGGGCCAAGAUAGUGCGAGCAGCAUCAACAACCAAAUCUGGAAGAGGGCCUAUUACGGCCAGUAAAUCUCCGCUGCCAGUUAAGACAAACAGUUUCAGUGGUGGCAACGGAAACCUGAGAUCCUGCAAUGAGUCUCCACUGGUUCCGACACCUCCGUCACUGCCGCCGUUCAGAAUGUGGGGCUCGAAGUUUGUGGUGCAUGGUGACUUUGUUGGGACGAAAAGCAAUACUAGCUCCCGAAGCGUUUCUCAGGGCGUAGAUGAUGAUGAGGAGGGAAAUUCUUCGAGAGGCGCAGCUGGAAAGGACGGUCCAGUUCCAACGACGAUGCCGAUGAUCUGUCCGAGCCCGGAUGUUAACACCAAAGCUGAUACAUUCAUUGCAAAGUUUAGAGCUGGUUUGGAGUUGGAGAAGAUGAAUUCCAUCAAUGAGAGGCAAGGCAGGGGUAAAUUCAAUACAGGACCAGGACAAAGCCCAGAUGCAGAAACCGUACAAGGAACAGGCCCAAUUAGAGUUUGAAGUUGUAAUGGCUAGACUGCUUUUGCUUUCGAUUGUCCUUUCGGUUUUGCUUUUCUUUAUUUUCAAUAGCUGUUCUAUUCUCGAAUUAGAGUAUAUUAUUUAUAUUAUUUAAAUAAUAAAAUUUAAUUUGUAAAAUUUAAAUUUAAAAA